AUGUUUGCAGCUAAUACAAGGCGACAAGCAUCGGCAGUCGCCGGCCUGUCGGGUCGUCUGAUCAGAGCUCAACGCUUUCCUCGAAAUACUAGGCAAUUGAGCCAGAAAGCAUCACGCGAAUCACAGGGACCCGAACGAUGGCUUGGCCCAGCAGUCGCUCUUGUCGGAACUUUUGCCGCAGCAACCAUCGCAUACGUUUAUACAAGUGAAAAGCCUACGGUCAAGGACAUCCCAAGACAGCCGGUGAAGAUUACGAUUGAAGAGCCAAGGGUCAAGGACUCUUUCUCACAAGAGCAGAAUCGGAAUGCCCUGAGUACUCAACAUGCGCAAGUCCGGAGUAUGUCAGAAAACCCUGGAGUCUACGUAUGGGGAGCGAAUAGCCAUCGCGUUGUCGAUCCAGACUCGUCGGAAACAAUAGUCAAGAGUCCUCGCCGCUUCCGCUACUUUGAAGGGCGCAUCCUGAGAGAUUUGAAGCUCACACAAACAUCUGGCGCUGCUAUCAGCGAAAAUGGCGAUCUGAUUCAAUGGGGAAAGGGUUUCUCGGAGACUGACUACCAGCCGACUCCUACACUCAAAGGCAAAAAUUUGAUCUCAAUAAACAUGUCUCGAGACAGAAUCAUUGCCCUUUCUUCAGGUGGAAACAUUUAUUCGAUACCAAUCUCCAAAUCAGUUCAAGAAACGGGUGCCAAGUCUCAAGAGAGCUCAUGGGUUCCAUAUUGGUCUUCGACCUCCCGCAUUAGUUACAGACAGCUCACGCCACAACUAGGGUUGGGUGAGAAGGUUGCGUCAAUCGCCGGAGGUUUAGAGCAUGUUUUGAUGCUGACAAGCUCCGGUCGAGUUUUUUCUGCCGCUGCUGCUACUGAAGACUACCCCUCACAAGGCCAGCUCGGAGUUGCUGGGCUGAGAUGGGCAACCCGGCCAAAGGGCCCAGUGGAUGCUUGCCAUGAAAUAUCGUCGCUAAAAGGGUCUAAGAUCACACAGAUAGCAAGUGGAGAUCUCCAUUCUAUGCUACUGGACAAGAAUGGCAGCGUGCUUGUUUUUGGAGACAACUCUUACGGGCAGCUAGGCUUAGGAUACGAUCCUUCUUCGCCGACCGUCGACACACCUACACUACUUUCCAUGAAGGGCUUAUACCUAGGCAAAGGCUGGGCUACUCGUGUCACCAAUAUUGCGGCAGGCGGUUUCACAAGUUUUAUGACUGUGGAUGCGCAACGGGCUGAAAUACGUCCGGAUGGCACGCCCGGUAAGCCUGGCGCUCCCAGCAUUGACCUUUGGUCCUUCGGCAGAGGAAUACACGGUGCACUUGGAACAGGGAAAUGGACGCAUAUUCAAGACCGUCCCAGCAAAGUGAAAUCCCUCAGUGGUCUUUCAGAAUACGAUGAGAAGGCCCAGAAGGUGCUACCCAUUGGUGUUGCCCAGAUUGCUGCCGGUGCUACGCAUGUCGCCGCUGUCUUGGACAACACCUCACAUAUAAACGCUGCAAAGAAGUCGUCAGUAGCCGAUACAGCAUGGGGUCAGGAUACCCUUUGGUGGGGGGGCAACGAAUCUCUUCAGCUGGGCACUGGCAAACGAAGCAACGCUCCAACCCCGAUGCAUAUCCUUCCACCGCCAGAUAUUGUAACCACUGCCAGUUCAGAUGAGUCUCGCUUUCAAAUUCUUCCCCAAAAGCAACGAAUUGAGUGUGGCAGACAGGUAACUGCCGUCUACUCUGUUAAAAAAUAA